CCUUGGACCUUCAGCGGGGUGGUCUUGGUUGGCGGUUAUGUCCAAGAUCAGAUCAGUAAUGGCAACAUGUUCCUUCCUAUUCAGAGGAUUAUUGCUUCUUCUCACGGUUUCGGAUUUGUUUGAGCAAACUAGAGGCAUUAAUUUUGGAAUCAACUACGGGCAAAUAGCCAACAAUCUUCCAUCUCCCUCACGUGUGGCUGUUCUUAUAAAAUCUCUGAAUGUCACCAGAAUCAAACUCUAUGAUGCUGAUCCAAAUGUUCUAUCUGCAUUCUCCAAUUCAGAUGUAGAAUUCAUCAUAGGACUUGGAAAUGAGUAUCUCCAAAGCAUGAGAGACCCUUCCAAGGCUCAGAGCUGGGUUCAACAGCAUGUUCAACCUUACAUUUCACAGACCAAAAUCACAUGCAUAACUGUAGGAAAUGAAGUCUUCAACAGCAAUGAUACUCAGCUCACAAUGAACCUCCUCCCUGCAAUGCAAAGUGUGUAUAAUGCCCUUGUUAAUCUUGGACUAUCUCAACAAGUUACUGUCACAACUGCUCAUUCUUUCAACAUUUUAUCCAACUCUUUCCCUCCCUCAUCUGGCUCUUUUAGUCAAGAUCUGAUACAAUAUAUCCAACCCCUUCUUAACUUUCAUGCUCAAAUCAAAUCACCCUUCCUCAUUAAUGCAUAUCCUUUCUUUGCAUACAAGGACAACCCAAAUCAAAUUUCCUUAAACUAUGUGCUGUUUCAGCCAAAUUUAGGGUCCACUGAUCCAAACACCAAUUUACAUUAUGAUAACAUGUUGUAUGCUCAAAUUGAUGCUGUCUAUGCUGCCAUGAAAGCACUGGGGCAUACUGAUAUUGAAGUCAGGAUUUCAGAAACUGGUUGGCCUUCUAAGGGUGACCCUGAUGAGGUUGGAGCCACACCAGAAAAUGCAGAAAUAUAUAAUAGUAAUUUGUUGAAGAGGAUAGAACAGAAGCAAGGCACUCCUGCAAAUCCAUCCGUUCCAAUUGAUAUUUUUGUCUUUGCACUUUUCAAUGAGGAUUUGAAACCUGGUCCUAUAUCAGAGAGAAACUAUGGCCUUUAUUAUCCUGAUGGUACCCCAGUUUACAACAUUGGGCUACAGGGUUAUCUACCAGAAAUGGUUAUAGAAUCCAAAUCCAAUGCUUUGGCUAUCAAUUUUCUCAUCUAUCUACUUACAUGCUUGGUGUUGGCCUGGGAGCUUUCAAGAUAGUGGUCGGGAAUAUAAUAGAACAAAGAAAUUCAAUUCCUAUAGAUCAUUCUUUUACAAGCGGAAGUAGUUGAAGGUGAGGAUAAAUUUAACUUUGUCCCUAAAUUUUUUUAUUUGCAAAUGUUUAUCUUUAUAUAUAUUCCAAUUAUGACUAUGGUAUCUGCUGGGAUACCGUAAAUUUAUUUCCAUUCAUAGGUCAUAUGCUAGCUAGUUCAGCCUGAACUUCUAAUGAAUCAAAUUUACCAUAUGAUGGAAAAUUCAAGGGCAUAAGAGAUGGAAAGUGUGUGAAAAAAAUUCAAAAGCGUUUUUGAUUCCUCCUUGUUAGUCUUUGACUUUUUAGUAGUACUAAGGAAAAUAGUCUGAGAAAUGAUAUGAUGGGAAAGUUUUGGAACCAUAGCUUGCAACAGUAGUGCCUAAAUGUAAAUGGUAUCUCUUUAAGAAGAACCUGUCAAAUGCUGUCCAAUUGGUGCUUGGCGCAUGCACCAAGUGGAUUCGGGUAACCACCCCGAGAAAACCUUCCUACGUUGCUUAUUAUUUUUGUUAAAGAAAUGGUGAUGGGUCUCCAUCUUUCUUAUCUGCCACUUGCAAUCAUGCAUGUGAAUCUUCUCGUGAAUAAAAUUCUUCUUGUCUUCAGCAAUACAAAAGUCCAAAUUCGGUUAUAUUAGACACGAAAAGAAAAGCCUUCAGGAACCCUCCUGCCAGAUAACCAUGCCUCAUGAAUUUUGUCCAUGGUUUUUAACCUUAUCUGAGGUGGGUUCCCCCCUUUUCCACCACUUUUCCCUUCUUUUCCCUUAUACUAGCUUUUA